AUGAGUUCCCAGAAAAUUUUCCCCAGCGGUUUGGAGGAAGUUAAUGUACCAGGUCCGUUGUUUUUGAAGGACGCUCUUUCGGAGUGCGAUGAUCCGUUGAAGGCAAUCGAAACGUUCCAGGUCGAAAAUGGCAUCUUAUUGCCUUCGUUGCGGCCGAUGCUACCCCUGUUAGAUUUGCAUGGUGUUCGCCGGCUGGAUUUCCACACGUCAGUGCUUGAAGAACUACGGGAUAAGCUUAUUGCCCAUAUCAAUGAACUGGGAGCAAAGGAAGGACGCCAGCGUGAUCUGAAGCUGAAGGAGCUGCUGGUGAAAAGCUUUCCGGUAGUUCGGGUCAAAGCGCUCCGACCUGUCGUCAUGUGCAUUCUCCGUAACACGCCUCAUAUUGAAGACAAGUAUUUGCGCAUCUUAGUUCGCGAUCGAGAGCUGUACCAAGACACAGAUACUGAAGUGAAACGACAGAUUUGGCGCGACAAUCAAUCCCUUUUUGGCGACGAAGUGUCCCCCCUUCUGUCACAGUACAUUCGUGAGAAAGAGCACAUUCUGUUUGAUCAUCUAAAUUUGAAUAAUCUCUUCUUCACACCAACGCCUAAAGUUCGACGGCAGGGUGAGGUGGUGCAAAAGCUAGCUCACAUGAUCGGUAACAGUGUGAAGCUGUAUGAUAUGGUUUUACAGUUUUUGCGUACGCUGUUCCUUCGCACACGUAACGUCCACUACUGCACUCUACGGGCGGAGCUUCUUAUGGCGCUUCAUGAUCUCGAAGUGCAAGAUAUCAUUUCGGUUGAUCCGUGUCACAAGUUCACCUGGUGUUUAGAUGCGUGCAUCCGCGAGAAAAAUGUCGAUAUCAAGCGAUCACGCGAAUUGCAAGGCUUCCUCGAUAAUAUCAAGCGAGGACAGGAGCAGGUGCUGGGUGAUCUUUCGAUGACGCUUUGUGAUCCAUAUGCGAUCAACUUUUUGGCCACAUCUGCUAUUAAGAUUCUGCAACAUCUCAUAAACAAUGAAGGUCUUUCGCGUGAAAACACUAUAUUGAUUUUGCUGUUGCGCAUGCUGGCACUGGGGCUAUCCGCCUGGGUCAUGAUUGACUCACAGGACUUCAAGGAACCAAAGCUCGACAGCCAAGUGGUAACGAAGUUUUUGCCCGCCCUCAUGUCUCUUAUGGUCGAUGAUCAGGUGCGCCACUUGCAUUCGAAACUGCCUCCCGACGAACGUGAAAGUGCGAUCACGACUAUCGAACAUUCUGGACCGGCACCGGAUGCGGUCGAGGCCUAUAUUCAGGAUAACGCGGUCGCCUCGAUACUUGCGAUGUACUAUACACUACACACUGCACGACAAAAGGAUCGUGUCGGCAUUCUGCGCGUAAUGACCAUCCUAGCUUCGUGUAAGGACGAUCGAGCAUACGAGGAUCCUUUCUUACAUUCUCUCAUUGCGCUCAUUAUUCCGAUGUCGGAUGAAUUCGCAAACGAAGAUUUUUGUACCGGAUUGUUUGACGAAUUUCUCUUUGCUGGGCUGACACGUGAUAACGUAACACGGCACAUGCUUAAGUUGCUGUGGUACAUUCAUCAGAAGCUUCCUCAAGCACGGCUCAUGACGCUGAUGAAAGCAUUACAACCAACUGCGCAGCAUCACGAAAGCGUACACAAACUGUACGAAAAUCUGCAAAAGCGGGUGGGUGCAUUGACGCAGGAAGCGCAACCGGAACCGAUGGAAACGGAUUUUGAUUCGCCGUUGAAGAGUGUUCCUACACCCGGUCCCCACUACGUAAGCUAA